UGCUAACAGUAGAUUUUGGCAAGAUUUUAAUAGUUUAUAUGAAGAAGUUUUAAUUAAUGAAUUCAAAGGUCAGAUUAAAUAUUUAAAACUCUUAAAUCUUCUUGAUCCAAAAGAUUAUAGUGUUCAAAUAAAAGGUCAUGAAAAUGAAAAUUUUUGCCCAAAAGUGAUUAGAUUUUCUGCAAAUACAAAUGUUAGAUUUAUUUAUGAUUUUUGUGAAGAUAAAGAAUUAAAAACUACAUCAGAACAGAAAUUUAAUAAUACAAAAUUAUUUAGUUUAUUUGUAAAUUGA